AUGCGCUUGCAUGUUGAGAUACCAUUGCUAGCCAGUGUCCUCGCCAAUGCCCUCGCCAGCGAGACAGGCAGUCGCGAGGCGGCGGAGAGGCUUAGCCCCCUGGCGCAGUCAAUCAUUUCCAUGACCUUGUCCUCGGCCGGGAACCCGACCGUUAUGCGCCGCGAUGUCUCCGGCCACGGCCAGGUGGACGGCCAGGAGAAGCUUGCACAUGUCCGCGAGCAGCAGCCAGCGGAACUGCCGAGCCUUAGCAGUGUGGAGGGCAAGGUCGCCCGGAAGUUUCGGCACAAAGCACGGCACUCGCUGUCCAGUGGCGGCGACGACGAGGUGGAGGAGGAUCUCUCGGAGACGACAUAUGCACCCGAGGCGGGCGAGGAGAUCGAAGUGCCGCAGACGACGACAACGGCGGCGGAAGAGGACACGACAAAGGCAUCGAGCACCACUGCUGCUGUGGAGGAGACGGCGGAGACCACGGAGGCCGCAGCGGAGGGGGACGACGAUGCCGGCGACCCAUCCGAUACGACAACCGAAGAGUCCGCAGAGACUACCACCACGGAAGAGGAGGAGCCCCAGUCUACUCAGCCAGCCACGACCACCACCGCUCGGAACACGACAACUUCAACGACUCGCGCCGGCUCCAAUACAACGACUAAAGCCUCCACGACAUCAAGCACGAAGACCAGCACGUCAACCACCAAAAAGACGACCACCAGCACAACCACGAAGAGCACCACAACCAACCCCAACAUCACCACAACCGAGACCACCACCAAGAACAACACCAGCAAGAGCACCACCAGCAAGAGCACGACGACAACCACGAGCCGAAAGACCACGACCUUCAAGAAGACGACGACCCACCGAACGACCACCAGCAAGAAGUCCACCACGCACGCCAGCACGACCUCAACAACCACCCGCCAUGUGCAGGCGGUUCAGCUGCCCACGGCCGCACCAGCAGCCUCCGCUGUGCCCGUGGCGACCACCACCUCGGGACCCAGCUUCUUCUACUUGCAGGCCCUGGAGGUCGCCGAGGCCGCCGCCCGCACCGCGGCCGCCGCCGGGCUCCCGGCCGUGGAGCGCGCGGCCCGCGCCGGGGAGGCAGCCUUCGACAGCGCCCAGUCUUCGGCGCUGGAAGAUGUGGAGUGCGUCAAAGCUGCGGGCGCUGCCGCGGCCGCAGCCGGUCGUGCUGCCGGGGUGGCAGCCGAGGAGCAGGUGCGGAUGGCAGUGCUGGCAGCCGAGGCGGCUGCCCAGAAGGCCGGCCUACUCCCCGACAAGGAAGCGACGGCAGCAGCCAAGGCCGCGCUGGCGGCUGCGAAGCUGACAGGUCUACCAGCAGAGGAGCAAGCCCUGUUGGCUGGCCGCGUCGUGGCAUCGGUCCGGGAGAGCCUUCAGAAAGCCCUGGCGGUGAAGAUCAGGGAGAUGCACAAGAAGAACCUGGCCAAAGCGUCGCCAGCCUCUCCUGCGAAGAUGUCCGAUGCGGAAGCUGUUGCUGCAGCCGUGGCGGCCGCUAGGAGUGCCAUGGAUGCGGCCCAGGCCGCGGAUGCCGCAGCGCGGGAGGCUGCGGUCACUGCAGCCUCAGCCAACGGCACGAUCAAUGCCAGCCUCGUGCCCGGUGUUCCAGCGACAGCUGCCCUGGGGACUGCUGCUGCGCCAGGAAGUUCUCCUGCCGGGGCCGGGGCUGCUGCCAUUGCCCCAGGAGGUCCUGGCACAGCGUCCUCCGAAGAUGCCCAUUUCAGCUCCAUCGAGGCAAUCCUGCGCAAGCUGUCGGAGACUGUGGCAUCGUAUUCUGGACGACUGGAUGCCUCCAACUUCAGGCUCGAGAAAGUGGAGGACGUGGAACGGACCUUGCUGAAACAGCUGGGCGCUCAAGCGGGCGGAGCGGGCGGAGGUGAGCACAAAGGCCUGGGUGAAGGCUCGGCCAACAAAACGUCAGCUCCUAGCGCUGCUUCCGAGGUAAAGGACAAGGACGUCCCCUUCGAACCCAGCCAUCCGAAGAUUCCUCCGUACAUGAAUACCUCGGGUCGCUCCAAGUACUGGAUGCACGGAGACUAUGGCGCAGCACAUCGAGUGUCGCAGAAGCCCAUCCACCCUCACACGCAGGAGGAUGCCAUCCUCAGUACCGAGGAGGUCUUGGCCCUGGGCCCCGACGAGGUGGCGCAAGUCUUGACCCACGACCGUAAGCUGCUCGCCACGGUCACCACGCGCCUCAGCAGUGGCAAGGAGCUCGCCGACCUCGUGUUCGGCACCGACUCCGCUGCGCUGCCGCAGGGGCAGCCUACAGAGCAGGCUCUCAAGGCCAUCCUGACCGACCCCGAGUUGGCCAAGAAAGCGAUCAACCUGACAAUGACCACCCUCAGCCGAGGCGUCUCGAAGCUGGCAGCUGGCAAGACCUUCGCCGACGAGGUGUUUGGUUCGGACACCAGCCGCCUGAUCGGGGAGGCAUUUCAUCCCACGGAAGCUCCCGAGGAGGAGCUACCCAGCGCCAUCGUGCCUGAGAAAGCCCCGACGACGGCUGCCCCAGGUGAGGAGAAGGCCGCGACGACACCUGCGGCCACAGGGGGCAAGGUCCCCGGUGCCCCAGUGCCGACGAAGGAAGGAGUUGAGACCACCACGGAAGAAGCCGGGGUCAGCACCACAGCGCCCGAAGAAGGAAUGAAGGUCUUUGGCGUGGACUUGCCAAGCCUUCCGGUGGAGAUUCCCGACCUGCCACUUCCCCAUGUGCCCAAUCCUUUCAACCUUUUCCGAUGA